GAAUAUAAUUAGUCAUACUGCAAUCCACACCCCUUUAAUCAAGAAUCCCAACGCGAUAUCCCCCAAUUCUGCCAUGCGCGCAGCAUCCAAAUUCCUCCAAAAUGUCUCCUUCUCCGUUCUCCGUCAUAGCCGUCAUCACAGUGCCGGCGGGGGCUUUCGUGGCCUGUCCUGCGCGGCGUCUCUACUCUCAAGAUCCUCUGCGGCUUCUCCUUCACCCCUAUUCCAUCCUCGUUGCCAGGUUUACUUCUCCACUUGCCCUGGUUCGGCCAGUACUUUCGUCGAACAGCUCGUGUGCGAGUCCGAGGAACCCUUCGAUCACGAGGAGGAGUUGUGUAGAAGCGACCCUUCGUGGGGGAAAUUCCAUUUUGAUAGCUCAUUUGAGUCUACUGAGUUGGAGGGGUUCGACUGGCCCGCAGUUGAUGCCAAGAAGCUCGAGGACUCCCCCGGACAAUGGCAUCCUUCAAGAUUGAAUUGGCUUUGCAAAGAGCUUCAUGGAAAAAAGCAUGAUUCUUUGAUUCGGAUUCUGGAUGCCCAGAGGGGGUGGCUCACUCAAGAAUAUGCUACUUAUGUUGUCCAUCGUUUGUUGCAAAUUCGGGCAGUUCACACUGCUUUCAUGGUAUACAAAUGGAUGAUGAUGCAAAGUUGGUAUCAAUUUGAUUUCAAUCUAGCUACAAGGGUAGCAGAUUGUUUGGGUAAGGAGUGCCAGUUUCGGAAGUGCCGAGAGGUUUAUGAUGACAUACUUACUCAAGGACGAGUGCCCGAUGAGUCAACUUUCCAUAUUUUAACUGCCCUAUAUCUUAGUUCAUCCUGUGAAUAUCUGGAGGAACCAUUUGACAUUUACAGAUGCAUGAUCCAAUUGGGAGGUUAUAAGCCACAUCUUAGCCUGCACAACUCUUUGUUUGAAGCGCUAGUGGAGACAAAAGGACAUUUUUGUGCAGAAAACCUGGAGCGGGCAGAGUUUGUUUACAAAAACAUGCAAGCCUUUGGGCUUCAAAUACACAAGGAUAUCUUUGGUGGCCUCAUAUGGCUUCACAGUUAUCAAGAUUCGAUAGACAAGGAUAGGAUUGCAUCACUGAGAGAAGAAAUGUGUUCGAGAGGCAUCGAAGAGGGCACAGAUGUACUUGAGUCAGUCUUGAGAGCUUGCUCCAAGAAUGGAGAUGUGGAUGAAGCCGAAAAAACUUGGACGAAACUUCUUUCUUUUAGUAAUUCCAGCCCUUCACCACAAGCUUGUUUGUAUAGGAUGUUGACUUAUGCAAACAUUGGAGAGCAUAUGAAAGCAUUGGAAAUAUUGAGGGGAAUGCAAGAGGACAUAUGUUCCAUUCGCACCAUAGCGUACCGUAAAAUCAUAGAGAUAUUGUCAAAAGCUCAAAAGCAAGAACUGGCGGAAUCAGUCAUGAAAGACUUCAUCAACCGCGGUUUGGGGCCACUGAUGCCUUCAUUCAUACAUAUGAUGGCGAUGUAUCUCGUUUCAGGCUCACACGAGAAGCUGGAGUCAACUUUUUUUCAGAGUCUCAAACAAUGCCGUACUAAUCAGACCGUCUUCAGCCUGUACUUGCAGUCGUUGGUCGAGAAAGGAGACAUUAAAAAAGCUGGAAAAAUCUUUGAUGAGAUGGCUGAGAACCCUUUGAUUGGUGUCAAUGCUCGCUGCUGUAACAACAUUCUGAGGGGUUACCUUUCCCAUGGGGAGCACAAAAAAGCUGAAAAAGUGAUUGAGAUGAUGCGACUGAAGAAAUUCAAUACCGACUCGUUUUGACAGAAAAGCUAAGUUUUGUGGAAACUGGUUGAGCCCUUCAUUCUUGAUGAUCUUAAAGAUUGUCUGAGAGCAGGAGGAGUUCAAUCCAUUGCCAGUUCAUCUGAAUCUGAUGAGUAAAAGCCUUCUGGAAAUUUGCAGCUCAAGAAGAGCUUAGGUCUGUUAUAUUGUGCUUAUAUGAGCAGAAUUUUAGUAGUUU